AUGACGAAACUGAACCGGUAUGGUGGUCGUCACAAUGUGACCGUACUCCCUGGUGAUGGCAUCGGACCUGAAAUGAUAGAACAUGUUGAGAAAAUCUUCAGAUUCGGACAGGUGCCCGUCGAUUUUGAAACAGUGCAGCUGUCAUCCAAGCCGGACUCCGAGGAUGACCUUGAACAAGCUAUCAUCGCUAUCAAACGUAAUGGUGUUGCUCUCAAG